GGACAGGUCUCCACAUCUCCAGACAGUCCGACCAAGGCACCGAAGCCGACUUUACGCUUAGGGGAGGGCUGCCCCGCCGGCGCGUGCUUGUCUACUCAAGGCUUUAAGUUACUCUGACAGCCUCGUGUUAAUUGGUGACGUGCUUUAAGGAAUUCUGGAAGAGAUAAAGGCAAACUUGCCGUCGUCCUUCUAUCCGGACGUUGCGCAGUUUUUCAUUUAGCAGAGAGAAAUUUACCAACUUAUCGCGCAUCUGCCCCUCGUUAAAUCCUUAAAAGGGGGAAGCAGCAUUGUAGUUUCCCUUCUCUCAGACGCAGACAGUUAAAGUAAAUAAGUGAAGUUGAGUAACAGCGAUCGGGUAUCUGAGUAUAUGCGCGUUUCGAUCACGUUUAGAGAAAGUCUGAGUGGUCUGGAUCAGCCUGAAAGCAUGGUCCAAUAAUUUGGAAGACGGAGGGAGAAAGCGGGAGAGACAGAAAGUAAGAAACAGACCAGAAUAGAAAAAAAAAAAGAAGAAGAAGCUUUCGGGACACUUCGAAGUGUGUUUGACUCACACAUCCAGGUGUCCCGCCGAGCGGUGCGCGGUCUCCAGCUCGGGCCGGCAGCGCUGACAUGCUGCCCAAAGUCGAGACUGAAUCUUUGGGACUCACUCGAUCGUAUGGGGAACAGGGGCACAUGCCAAGGAACUUGCAAGCCCCCCAGUUAAAAAUGAUGGACUACUCCUAUGACGAAGACCUGGACGAGAUGUGUCCCGUGUGCGGGGACAAGGUUUCCGGGUAUCACUAUGGACUCCUGACCUGCGAAAGCUGCAAGGGCUUCUUCAAGCGCACCGUCCAGAACAACAAGCGCUACACGUGUAUAGAGAACCAGAGCUGCCAGAUUGACAAGACCCAGAGAAAGCGCUGUCCGUACUGCCGCUUCCAAAAGUGCCUCACUGUCGGCAUGAAGCUAGAAGCUGUGCGAGCGGACCGCAUGCGUGGCGGUCGUAACAAGUUUGGCCCAAUGUACAAACGUGACCGUGCCCUGAAGCAGCAAAAGAAGGCGCUGAUCCGAGCAAACGGCCUUAAGAUUGAGGCCAUGAGCCAGGUGAUGCAAGCUGUACCCACUGACCUCACUAUCUCCUCAGCCAUUCAGAACAUCCACUCGGCAGCGUCCAAAGGCCUUCCACUGAGCCACCACGCCGGUCACCACACCAGUCACCACCACCACCACCAUCAUCACCAUCACGCCACAGCAUUGCCUCCUACAGACUACGAUCGUAGCCCUUUUGUUACUUCUCCUGUCAGUAUGGCGAUGCCACCACACGCAGGCAGCCUACAGGGCUACCAGGCGGCCUACGGACACUUCCAGGGCACACGCACCAUCAAGUCUGAGUAUCCAGACCCAUACACCAGCUCUCCAGAGUCCAUCAUGGGCUACGCUUACGUCGAUGCCUACCAGUCAGGCUCUCCAACCAGCUUCCCCCAUCUGAUAGUAGAGCUACUAAAAUGUGAACCCGAUGAACCACAGGUUCAGGCAAAGAUCCUGGCCUAUCUACAGCAGGAGCAGGCCAGCCGAGGCAAGCACGAGAAGCUCAACACAUUUGGGCUGAUGUGCAAGAUGGCUGACCAAACACUCUUCUCUAUUGUGGAGUGGGCCCGCAGCAGCGUUUUCUUUCGUGAACUUAAGGUGGAUGACCAGAUGAAGCUGCUGCAGAACUGCUGGAGUGAACUCCUCAUCCUCGACCAUGUUUUCCGUCAGGUGGUACAUGCAAAGGAGGGCUCAAUCCUGUUGGUCACAGGCCAGCAGGUUGACUAUGCGGUGAUUGCUUCACAGGCGGGUGCGACGCUCAACAAUCUGCUGAGCCAUGCUCAAGAGCUGGUAGCCAAACUACGCUCCCUGCAGCUGGACCAAAGGGAGUUUGUUUGCCUCAAGUUCUUGGUUCUGUUCAGUCUCGACGUGAAGAACUUAGAGAACUUCCACCUGGUGGAAAGCGUUCAGGAGCAGGUCAACGCAGCACUGCUGGACUAUGUGAUGUGCAACUAUCCUCAGCAGACUGACAAGUUUGGCCAACUGCUCCUUCGACUGCCGGAGAUCCGAGCCAUCAGCCUGCAAGCCGAGGAGUAUCUUUAUUACAAACACCUGAAUGGCGACGUGCCCUGCAACAACCUACUCAUUGAAAUGCUGCACGCAAAAAGAGCUUAACAACCGGACAGUCCUGAUUCAUUCGGCAACUUGCAAGGACGUUUGUAAAAACUCAUCGACUCAUGUUCCUUUUUUUUUUUUUUUCCAAACCCAAACCUCCAGCUUGUCUGUGAAGAUAAUAAAUUCGGGAAGCUUAAAGUGUCAGAAACUCUUAUUUAUACUGAGCUUAUUAUGAACUUGAACACUCGGAGACUCACGGUGUGCGUAAAACAAACAGCAUUUAGAUUGCUUUAUUGUAAAAAUUCAAAUAAAGAUAAAAAAAGGACUGCAAGAAGACUGUUCUCUUCAACUGAACUGCAGAAAAAAUAAACAAUUUUGAAGGGCAACAAAGAAAAAAAAAACACUUGAAACAAACUCCAUGUUUGACACUAUAUGAUGAUUUCUGCUCGAGCAGGACCAUAAGACUUUAGGGUUACAAGUUAAAGCCUU